UUCGGGCGCGGCAGGGCCCUUCGUCUAGGGGCAGGAGGCAGAUCUCCGCGUUAUUGCCUAUAGGAAGGGCAGAAAGAGAAUAAAAUUCAGGGAAGAAGGUCAGACACACUUCCUAGGAAGGGGAGGCAUCCCUUGUGUCUAUCCAGCCAACUCCGGGCAGAGGGACUUUGCAAAGAGAAAAGUGCAAACUUGGGCCAGGCAAAAGAUGCCCGUGAUUAAUAUUGAGGAUCUGACAGAAAAGGACAAAUUGAAGAUGGAAGUUGACCAGCUCAAGAAAGAAGUGACUCUGGAAAGAAUGCUGGUGUCCAAGUGUUGUGAAGAAGUAAGGGAUUACAUUGAAGAAAGAUCCGGGGAAGAUCCUCUAGUAAAAGGCAUUCCAGAGGACAAAAAUCCCUUCAAGGAACUGAAAGGAGGUUGUGUGAUUUCAUGAAAAGUCCUUAGAACAUCUUGGAUUUUAAUGACAAUACUAAUUUGCACUCAUGUAUAGUGAUACUUUUAGGCAUGCAUGAGUUUUUAAAUUUAUAAAUGUAAACUUUUAAUAAAAU